AUGAGUCAAGAGAACGAUCAAACUUCAAAUUCUAAUGAUCAAUCUUCUACAUUUCAUCAUGAGAGCCAACAUGCCUCAAGUCCCACUCCAACAGACCAGCCUCCAAAAAGCCAACCCAUUUGGGAAAUUAUCGACCCAAAGCCAAGCCUGCAGGAUCUGUUUAAUUUAUUCAGAGAAACCAUCUUCAUCUGCAUAUUACCUGAGCUUAAAGUCAAGUGGAGCAGGAAGCUGACUCAGUCAGCUGGACAAUGCACUCAUCCUAUGGAUGAGAACGGGAAUUGCAAAGGAUGCAAAAUAGAACUGAGCCAACCGAUCCUUAAACAGCGGACAAGAAUGGACACAGUGGAAUCUCUCCUUCAUGAGAUGAUCCAUGCCUCCCUAUGUGCCACAAACCUGAGAGAACCAGACGCCCCGCAUGGGGAAAACUUCCUAACGAUAAUGGAAUUCAUCAAUAGAGAGUUUGGCACAAAUAUAUCGAUUGAACACAGUUUUGACAAAGAAGUUGAGGCAUUAAAGAAGCAUUGCUGGACAUGCGAUGGGCCCUGCCAAAAAGUAGUGAAAAGGACAAGAAACCUGGUACCCUCCUCCAAGGAACGCUGGUUCCGAGAGCAUAAGCAGACAUGUGGAGGAAAUUUCAUAAAGACCUCUGAGCCUGAAUUGGAAGAGAGGCAUGAAAAGCUGAAGCAGGAGAUGACCAAACAGAUAUCAUAUGAGACUGAGCUGGACCACCUAAAAGAGAAGGAGCUGAAAAAGAGAAGUUAUCGUGACCCAAUAACGAAAUGCAAGCCUCCCCCUCCAGCACAGGAGUUCCAGACCGCCCGCCUCCUCCUCUCCCACUUUGACCCCAAACACAAUACGGCACUAUACAGCUCAUUGGUCCCUAUGUUUGCAGAGGUGCCUCCAGUAGAUGACGCAGGAGGGAGUAUAUUUAAUGGGGAGAAGAAGGUUCUCUACUAUGCAGAGGCCCUGACUGAAAUUGCUUUUGUUGUUCCUUCCGCUGUGGACGUUCAAACUGAUUCAGUGGAACAUGACACCUCAGAACUUGAUGGGGACUCAAACAUGGAUCUUCUCCCGGGGAUAUUAAAGCAGCCACUUACCCUCAAGCUUUUCCCUACACAUGUUGAAAGCCUCGGCUCAGCACAAAAGCAUAGUCCUACAUUGCGUAUUAAAAAGUGUUGUCCCACCCAUGGGCCCAGAGACCAAGGUCGCAGUUGUAUUGCUGGAGCAGUACGAUGA